AUGAAGCCCUCCGUUCUCAUUGUCCCCGGCGCUUGGCAGCUGCCCACGGCCUUCCAGCCUUUCGCAAACGAGCUGGCCAGUGCCGACUUCAGCACGUCUAUCGUCUCGCUACCCACCGUCGGAGGCACCACUACCCCACUGGCCACUCUGUCUGACGAUGUUAACGCCGUGCGCACCGAGCUCGACAAGCUCGUUGCCAACGGCAAGGAGGUCGUCAUCUAUUCCCACUCUUACGGCGGUGUUGUUGCUAGCAACGCUGUCGAGGGCUACGACGUCGCUACCCGCUCGGCUGCUGGCGCCUCCGGCGGUGUUGUGAGCAUUGUUUAUGCCAGUGCCUUCAUGCUCCCCAAGGGCUCCAGCUUGCUUGACCUUCUUGGCGGUCAACCUCUUCCAUGGAUGAUUGUUGAGAGUGACCGUGUCGUCGGGAACGCGACUAUGCUUCCUGAGGUUGGCUUCAAUGACCUACCGGCCGCGGAGCAAGAGAAAUGGGCGACGGAGAUGACCUGGACCUCUCUCAGCGCCUUCAUCACGCCUUCCAGCUACGAGCCGUGGAAUAACGGCAUCGACUGCGCUUACCUAUAUGCUACUCUGGACAACGCUCUGCCCCUCAGCUACCAGCAAGGCAUGUCUGCCGUCCUACCCGAGGGGUCAAAGACCGAGAGUGAGCCCAGCGGUCACUGUGCUCACCUUAGCCGGCCAGCAAACGUAACCUCUAUUUUGAGCAGGUGGUACUCCGGCAACUAA